GGAUAUAAGCCAAAUGUUAUUUGCCCUUGCUGGGCGGGUAAAUUAGGUCAGCCACGAAGUCGAGGAAAGCGUGACUGGCUGCUGGCGGUUGGCAAAUAUCAGACCAGCCGACCCGAGUUUUGCCGAUCAUUUACAUGGAAUAGACCGAGUUUGUUUGUCAUGUCUCAACUCAACUUUUUAAAAUGUUGAAGUAUCCCUGUCGCCAGGAUGGAUCUGGCUGACGAGAUCUCGGACGAGUAUUUGACGUGUAGUAUUUGCCUGGAUCCGUACCAGGAGCCAAAGCAACUGCCAUGCCUUCACAGCUUCUGCAGGAAGUGUUUGGGAGACCACAUCGCCAACAACGUCCCACGUGGUCGAACACUGUCCUUCACGUGCCCCGUGUGUCGAAAGGUCACAAAACCCGCCAAUCCGGAUGGAAACAGAUUGAAAGAAUGGGCAGACGCUUUCCCAGACAAUUUCUUUAUUCUUGGAUUGAUGGAGACGUUAAAUACGCGCAGUUCGAGAUCGGCAGUCCACACCAUACAAAAGACCCUGACCACAGUGUCUGAGAAGUGUACUAAACACCCUGUAAACAAGUGUGACGCUUACUGUACUCUGAAACGUGUUGGUGUGUGCGGACAGUGUUGUUUGGCGGAACACAAGGAUUGUGGAAACCAUCACCUUAACACUAACGAUGCUGCAGACGUCGCAGCCUCGAAGUUGAAAGAUUUUAAAACAAAAAUGGAGACCUUCAAAGAUGACGUGGAGAGAGCAAGAGAAAAAUUUGAGCUCUCAAAACCACGGGAACUCCGGUUACAGAAAGAAGAACUUGCUUUAAAGAUAUCAGAACAUUUUUCAGACUUGAAGAGUAAGUUCGUAAAAUGUCUCAUUCAGAAGGAAAAGGAGGUAGCCGAACAACUGGCGGAUAUUAUAGAGAAGGAGAAGAAAGGAAUCCCUGACUCAGUGAACGAAUGUUCCUCGUUGAUAAAGUCGUUCCACGAUACGGUGGACCUCUUUGACAAGCUCAUGAGCAGCUCGUCCAUAAACGCACUCACAGCAUUGUACAACAUUGAAGAGCAGAUAUCCAACUACACCACCGCUGUGGAGACACUUCAGUCCUCCAGCGAGAAGAGUCCCAUUGAGUUUGUGCCUCUCGUUAAUGAGGUAGAGGAGGUAAUGGCUGGAGUCAAGAUAGGAGAGAUCAAAUUGCGGGUCGAGAAUGUUGAUGUGAAAAUAGCUGAGGAGGAGGAAGAGGAGGAGGAGGAGGUGGUUGAGACACCUCAAGAGGCAAAGUUAGAGAGGCUUCAAGCUUCAGCUCCAGUAGAACCUUCCGCUCCACCACCACCAAAACCACAACAAAAACCACAACAACCUGAAGAGCGGCCAUAUUGUCUCCAGGGAUUCUCUUCAGCGUCCCUCAGACCACGCCCAGGGGAAUCCUAUUCGUUCGGCAGACAACAUCCUCGACGACAAUAUCAACCCCAAAGGUCAUCAAAUUACAUCAGUCCUUCCAGUCAACCCGUCAGUUCGACUGCUCUAUCGAGGGACAUUCAGUCUCGAACAACCGAUGAUUUCGACAUGACUAUGUGGCGAUCACUGUCUUUCUUCGGAAACAUGACGUAUGUUGAAAGGCGAGGUGGACUCGUGGGUAUUACGGCUAUGUCAAGGAACAUGUGUGCUGUGUCGGAUAGAUUCAAUAACAGCAUCAAAGUGAUCAAUAUCAAGGGGAAGAUUGUCAACACUCUCACCUUCGGAAACAUGGAUCCUUGGGAUAUAACUUAUGCACAUUCUAUCAGACAACUGGUUGUAACCUGUCCUAACCAAUCUUUUCUGGUUUUUGUAGCAGACGACGCCGACAACAACAGUUACUACAUCAGCCAAACCGUACAAACCAGGCCCUAUUCCUCAAUCUCAAGCUUGAGAAAUGAUACGUAUGUAGUAGGCAUGUGUCGACCUCACGGCAACCCGAGAGUAGACGUCAUUAACAGCCUCGGAGACGUCCUCUCCUAUGUCGACGUUCAGUGUCAGUACCCGCGGUCAGUGGAGGCGUUGAGUGAUGGGAAGCUGGUCAUCUGCGACUGGAAAAAUAAGGCUGUGGUGAUGGUUGGGACGAAUGGCGCCGUGCUACACUCCUACCAUGGAGUCCGAGGCGAGGAACUGAAGGAACCCAAUGCAAUUACUAAGGAUAACAAUGGGAAUGUGUACAUUCUGGAUCACAAGACCCGCAAAAUCCACGUCCUGCAUGGACAGACAGGUGAGUGCCGAACAGUGGUACCGCUGGAUGGCGUUCCUGAUCCAAGGACCAUCUCAAUGGUUGAAUCGAGUCGGACUGGACAGGCUCUUGUGGUCGUGGACUCUCAGAACGGUGUCCACGUGUAUUCUGUUGAAACUGCGCGUAGCCCAACUCAAGUGUGAGUAGCGUACGUCCACUGUUGCAUGAGCAGACAACAUCCUCGACGACAAUAUCAACCCCAACGGUCAUCAAAUUGCACCAGUCCUUCCAGUCAGCCCUUAAGUUCGACUUCUCUAUCGAGGGACAUUCAGUCUCGAACAACCGAUGAUUUCGACAUGACUCUGUGGCGAUCACUGUCUUUCUUCGGAAACAUGACGUAUGUUGAAAGGCGAGGUGGACUCGU